AGGCACAGUGUUAUCURUAUAUAAACAAAAAAGCAAUGAAAUAUUGUGUCAUUGUGACACUUUCAAGUCAAAGUGUCUAACGUCAGUGGGUCACUUUGAGAUUAUUUCCACAGGGCACAGGCUGUAUGCUCCAUUUGUUGGAGUGCCUUUAGAAUUUAGAUCAUACUUAUUAUUACGUCCAAGGAUUAGACGGACCCAUGACCAAAAAAAUAUAUUUAGUCAUAGAUGGACCUCUGUUCGCUGAGAGAAAAUAACUCCGCAAGGCAUUCAAUUUCUAAAUAACAACUUCAGUCAAACCAUUCCGGAGUUCAUUUCUCAUAUUUAUAAUGGUAACGUGAAGAGCUCGAGAACCAUAGGCUCCGCAGGACUACAGCACAACUGAACAACAGUUGGAUCAUAGUUGCGUAUAUCAGUAUCAAUAAGUAGUGAGUACGACGUAUUUUGACUCGCUGACCGCAGCUGUCUAAAAGUUGCGCACCCUCAGUGUCCGACGAUUGAGUAGUGGUAGUAGUGGUUAUGAGGCAAACUGGCAUAGAGAACGGACAACGGUGGUACCUAUCACUACUCACUAUAUUCUGAUUGUUUUGUGGCUUAAUUAAAGCUUUUUGCCUUUUGGUAUCAAAUUCUCAACAUACUCAACUAAGGGAGUAGUAACUGAACUAUGGCCAAAUAUUUGUUUUAUGAACUGAAAACUGAACAAUAAUAACAUGAUAAAUUAAAUUGGUAUGUCAGCAAUAGAUCGGUUUUGAUACAAAAUACAAAUCGCGCCCUCAGCACGUUUACUGUGACGAAGCAUUUCACCGUUUCUCCAUUGGUCCGCCGCCGAUGACUGCACCUAGAGAGAUCUCUGACUCUAACUGCACCUCUGUACAACCAUCUGCAGUCACCUCAACUCAACGAGCACCAAGCCCACAACCGUCCACCGGAUGGCACCGGCGAUCGGCAUCGUGCAGUGAAGUUAUAACGGCUUGAAAUUCAAUAAUUUAUACACUUAUCUUCCUAGAGUUCCUGCUCUGUGCUGGUACCUACAAUAUUUUAUAUCCAGGUAAAUGUAAAAACUGUGAUUAAGAUGGAUGAUAAUACUGAUUUAAAAACUCCUACUGAAUCCACUGAAACUGAAAUGGUCUCAACUAAUGAUAAUGAUGUGCCCAAAGAAAAUUUCAGAGAUAAUUCUACUAAAUCUACACCAAAUAAAAUUCCAGAAAAUAAUGUUCAAACCGUUAACUGUUAUUGCAAUAAAGAAAGGAAUUACAAUAUUAUUGAAUUAUUAUGUGCUAACUGUAAUCGUUGGUAUCAUGAAUCCUGUAUUGGAUAUCAACUUGGUAAAUUGGUUCCGUUCAUGUUAAACUAUAUAUUUGUGUGUAAAAAUUGUUCACCCACUGGUCUUGAGAGUUUCAAAAAAAAUCCUGCAAUGUUUCCACAAAUGUGUGUCACUGCAAUUGGAAAUCUAAUGCAGGAAACUAUUAAAAGUGGAAACCCUCAAGUUUAUUUCUCGAGGGAUAAAGAUAUUAUUCCUUUUAUUGAAUCACACUGGGAGAGUAUGACUACAACUGCAAGAAGAGUUACACAAUCAUGGCAUUCAACAAUUACAAGAUCAUUAGUUAAGGAAACAGAUAUUUUGUUUGGUGUGGUAAAUGGUGAAAAUGGUUCCCAAUCAUAUAAGCUAUUAUUUGAUAUUUCUCAAAUCAAACCAAAUUAUGAAGCGAUGAUAAAAGGGGGGCAUCUUAAAGUUACAGAAACUGGAAUUCAACCUACUAUCACGACUGGUCUCAAAGGACGAGGUGCUAAGAGAAAAACAUUUGGUGAUGGAACAAGUGGAUUAGGUAGUGGUAAGAAAGGUAGAAGUGCURGUGAUCAGUCAAAUGUCAAAUUGCCUGCUCAUGGAUAUCCUCUUGAACAUCCAUUCAACAAAGAUGGUUAUAAAUAUAUAUUAGCUGAACCAGAUCCUCAUGCUCCAUUUAGACAAGAAUUUGAUGAGUCUAAUGAGUCUGCUGGAAAGUUGAUUCCAGGAUGGUUAUAUAGACCUCUAUGUCCAAACCAAGUAUUGUUGGCAUUACAUGAUCGUGCACCACAGCUACAUAUUUCUGAAGACAGGUUAUCUGUAACUGGAGAGAAAGGGUACUGUAUGGCACGAGCUACACAUAGUGUUUCCAGUGGAAAUUGGUAUUGGGAGACCACAGUUGAAGAAAUGCCUGAUAACUCGGCUUGUCGUAUUGGAUGGAGCCAAGAGUUUGCAAAUGUUCAAGCACCUUUAGGAUAUGAUAAAUUUGGCUAUUCRUGGAGAUCUAGAAAAGGUACAGUAUUCCAUGAGAGUCGUGGGAAACAUUAUAGUAACGGAUUUGGUGAAGGUGAUACAUUAGGCAUAAUGAUAUGUCUACCUACCAACACAAUAUCUCUUCCACCAACUCAUAAAGAUUUGAUAUUGAUAAAAUUCAAAAGCCACUUAUAUUAUGAAGAACAGUCUCAAGAUAGUAGUCGUGAUGCACUUAAAUGCUUGAAACCAUUAAUUGGAAGUAAAAUAAUUUAUUAUAAAAAUGGAGAAUGUUUUAAUGAAAGUGCUGUAGACAUAUAUGAUGGAAAAUAUUUUCCUACAGUUUCUUUGUACAAAAAUUGUACUCUGUCUUUAAACUUUGGACCAGAUUUCAAAUACCCACCACCACAAACAGAUGAUUUCAAAUAUAAAGGAAUAUGGGAAAGGGCUGGCGAAGCCAUAUGUGAACAAACUUUAGCCGAUAUAUCUUUUUUAACAAUAAAUGAAGGUAAAUUAAAAUUAAGCGAUAUAUAAAACUAUGUGGUUUUAUACAUAUAAAAUUA